AUGGCUGUGCCCACCCCGCUGCCCCCCAGCCUGCGCCGGGGCUUGGUGGCCUUCAGUGGGUCCCUCUUCAUCAACAACAAGACGUGGGAUAGCGGCACUGCCCACACCUACCAGCCAGCUCACAAGGUGCUGUCCAGCCUGCCCCUCCAGGUGAUGCUCUACUUCAACGUCUACUACUUCCCAGUCUGGUGCCUGGCUGAGGGGAUUAUGCUGCACCUGAAGUACCACCUGCUGCCUUGGCACUAUCAGUUCCUGCUGGUCACAGCCUUCCUCAUCCUCUCGCUGGCUGAGGGCUCCCGCCUCUACCUGGGCUACCUGGGGAACCUGCAGGAGAAGGUGCCUGAGCUGGCUGGAUUCCUGCUCCUCUCCUUCCUGAUCCAGCUGCCCCUCCUGCUCUUCCUGCUGACGGACAGGCAGGUCAUCCACCUACCGCUGGAGGUGCCCAUGCACAGCUUGUUCCUGGCCUUCCUCCUCUUCGAGAUUGUGGCUGCCUUCCUGGUGCUGAGGACCAUGACCAAGCAGCUGGCGGCACAGUUUUACCUGCGGCAGUUCCAGGAGGGUGGGAGGGGCCGGCUGGAGCCCGGGGGCACAGGGGAACAGGCAGCCAAGAUGGGGUGA